CUGUGAUGGCAAACACAGAUAGUUCAACCGCAGUGCGAAAUAAAUUUAGUGUUACUUAAAUUGAUAAAAUUCGUGGUUACUUGAAACAUUCAAGCGGAAUGUCAUAUCCAUUCAAUCUCUCUGCGGAGAUGAACCCCGCGGUGCUGCCGCUGGACUGGCUCCUGGAAACCUGGAGGUCCGAUGAGCCCGGGGAGGGAUUCUUCCCUUCCAUCACGCCUUUUCGUUACACAGAGACUCUUCAUUUCUCACAUGUAGGACAACCCGUGAUCAAUUUUAUUAAGUUUAAUGCAUUCCAUGCUGAGAGCAAAAAGCCACUUCACAGGGAGUGUGGAUUCAUCAGGAUUCAGCCAGGCACCAACAGGGUGGCCUUCAUCAUCGCACAGAACUCAGGUCUUGUGGAGAUUGAAGAGGGGGAACUCACUGGACAGCAGCUGACUCUGCACAGUACCGCCCUGGCUAGAACAUCUUUUGCCAAGCAGUUGAUUUUUGAUCAGAUCUCCAGGCACAUCCAGUUGAAGCCGGAUGGAAGACUGGAACAGACAAUCUCUAUGGCACUGGAAGGACAGCCUCUGACGCAGCAUUUGCACAUCCCUUACCGCAGGACUGAUUAACUGGCUGUCAUGUGGGAGGAAGAUGUGUACUAAUGUACACACAAAAUAUUGAUGGUUUAUAUAUAGCAACCUGUGGGUGAUGGUACUAUUUCUGUGAGUAAGAAUGUUAUCUAAAGUAAUAAAUGUGAUCUGACCUGUUUUCCCAACAAAACAAGCUUUGUAAAUAUUGUUACAAUAUAUAAAGGGGUCACUCAUUUUGUAUAAUGUAGAGCAACUACAAUAAAAAUGUGAAAGUCUUUUCAAAUUUAAA